CGUUGUAUUUAUGGUAGAAAAAUAUUAUUUGGAGAAUACAACCCAUCUAAUGGACCAUCGCGGGACAGCCAGACAUCUAUUGGUGGUGGCGGUGGCAUUUUGGGGACAGGCUCAAAGGCUUCACAGCUAGAACCGUUGCUUGCAUCAUCUACUUUUCAAGAUCAGGCUAAAGAUCUAAAUGACAAACCGUCGGCCGAAAUGGGAACAAAUGAAGCCAUUAAACUACCACACGAGGCCAUAGAACUCCAAAAUAUAGAUGCACUAGCCUCUGUUGGGGCGUCAAAUGCCCCCCAAAAGCAGAUAGAAUCAGACGACGCUUUCUGA